CUCUGGGCAACACUCUAAGGCAGUAAUGUCUUCACCAUCCACUCCAGCGUUGGAGACAGAGAUUUUCCAGUACAUUGAUGAACACCAAAGUGAUUAUAUUGAGGAUCUUAAGGAAUGGGUGGCUGUGGAAAGCGAUUCUAUUCAACCAGAUCUGAGGAAAGAAGUAAUACGAAUGAUGGCGCUGGCAGCUGACAGACUUGUGGCACUUGGAGCGACUGUUAAUUUAGUAAACUUGGGGUCACAUCAGCUGCCUGAUGGCCAGGACCUCCCACUGCCUCCUGUGAUUCUUGGGGAACUGGCAGAGGAUCCACAAAGCCCCACUGUAUGUUUCUAUGGUCAUGUGGAUGUGCAGCCUGCCAAGAAGGAAGAUGGCUGGAAAACUGACCCUUACACACUGACUGAAAUCGAUGGAAAUCUCUAUGGGCGUGGAGCAAUAGAUAAUAAAGGACCUGUCCUAGCUUGGAUAAAUGCAGUGGAAACAUUUAAAGCCUUGAAAUCAGCUAUGCCAGUGAACUUCAAGUUCGUAAUUGAAGGCAUGGAAGAAGCAGGGUCCUUGGGGCUAGAAAAGUUACUUCAAGAGGAGAAACAGUACUUUUUCUCUGAUGUUGAUUAUGUUGUGAUUUCGGACAGCCUUUGGCUCAGCAACAGGAAGCCUGCCCUUACAUGUGGGAGUCGGGGAAAUGCCUGCUUCUUUGUUGAGGUUGAAUGUGGCAGCAAGGACCUUCACUCUGGAACUUUUGGAGGCAUCAUUCAUGAGCCACUGAUGGACCUCAUAGCUCUGCUGGACAGCCUUGUGGAUCAUACAGGUCAUAUUCAGAUCCCUGGAAUCUAUGACAGUGUUGCUUCCCUGACAGAGGAAGAGAGGCAAUUAUAUGAAUCUAUUGAAUUUGAUCUGGAGGAGCAUAAAAACAAUAGUGGCGUGAAAAAAUUCCUCUAUGGCACCAAGGAAGAAAUACUUCUGCACCUGUGGCAUUACCCUUCUCUCUCUAUUCAUGGGAUUGAAGGAGCUUUUAAUGAACCAGGAAUUAAAACAGUCAUUCCAGCAAAAGUAAUUGGUAAAUUCUCAAUCCGUCAGGUCCCCCACAUGGACCUUUCAGUUGUGAAACAACAGGUGGUGGAGCACUUGGAGAGUGUCUUUUUCAAGAGAAAUAGUCCAAACAAACUGAAAGUGUCUAUGCCUUUAGGUGCAAAACCCUGGCUCGCUGAUGUUAAUGAUCCACUAUAUAAAGCAGCAAGAAAGGCAAUAAAAAUAGUUUUCGGAGAAGACCCAGAUUUUAUCCGGGAUGGUUCAACAGUUCCUGUUGCCAGAAUGUUUCAGACUAUAAUGCAGAAAAGUGUGAUAAUGCUUCCAAUCGGUGCAGCCAGUGAUGGGGAGCACUCCCAGAAUGAGAAAAUAAGCAGAUACAACUACAUUGAAGGAGCCAAAAUGUUUGCAGCCUUUUUCCUGGAGAUAUCAAAGCUCCAUCGGCACUUACAUGAAAAUUCCAAUACAGAGACUAACAACUGAUAGAAAGAAAAGAUCACAAGAAAAUCAGCAAAGCAUUUUAUUAUUCUUAAGCUUUCUAACUU